AUGGGGGAAGGCGGCGGCCGGCGGGCCGCAGAGCCGGAGCGCUUGGUGCUGGAGCUGGGGCGGGAGAGGCGGAAGCAGGGGAUGCUUGAAAGCUCAAUAUUUGAACUGAGAAACACUGUAACAGAAUUGGAAAAAAGUCUUAACACAGUUCAAAAUGAAGAUAAUGAAUGGAAAACCAGAUAUGAGACACAAGUAGAAUUGAACAAACAGCUGGAAAGGCAAAUUAAUAUUCUUCAAGAUAAGGUGGAGCUUAUUCGUGGAAAUCCAUCAGAUAAACUGUCCACUGUUCGCACUUUUGAUAAAAUGCCUGUGGGUUCUUUAAAGAGGGCUCUUAAACAGCUGGAAGAAGAGAAGAAAAGUCUCCAGAAUCAGCUAAAGGACUAUGAACUUAGGCUGGAACAAGAAGCAAAGGCUUACCACAAAGUUAAUGAUGAGCGGCGCAUGUACCUCUCAGAGAUCUUGCAGACCUCAGCUGAACCUAAAAUUGUUGAAAGGCAAAAAACAGAUGCUCUGACUGGCAAGGGAGAAAAACAGAUACUGAGAGGAAGACACAGUGUUCCAGGAAACCUGAAGAUGGUUAACCCUCAAAAAUGA